AACCUAUUUUAUAUUUUCCUAGACUCGUUUUCCCGUAAAGCGAAUCAGUUUUCAUUUUUCUUUGAGCUCGAACACAUCUAAAUUUGUACUCUAGUCCAAAUUGUCUACUCAUUGCAGAAAUAAGCUAACGUUUUAAUCAUGGGUUGUGCACCGGGUGGACCAUGUUGCGGACCUUGUGGAUCCUGCUGCGGACCCUGUUGCGGACCCUGUUGCGGACCUUGUGGACCCUGCUGUGGACCUUGUGGACCAUGCUGUGGACCCUGUGGACCUUGUUGCGGACCUAUGGAAAAGCGAAACGGCUUACAACGAUGCUGUCCUUUUUGACCUGUUAUACGAAGAGUCUCAAAAAAGAAACAGAAAAAUGCCUGGAUGUUAUUACACCUUUCUAAAACAUAAAGAAAAAUGAAAACCAAAAA